GACGACGUCUCUGGGUCAAGUCUGGCACUGUCAUGGAUAACAGUCCCGUGGGAUUGAUGGACGCGGCUGGACUACUGCCCAGUCCCUCCUGUCUGCCCGGCCACGAUCGCCCUGGAAGCAUCACGAAUCUUACACUACUGUCCUCGCCGGGGAUGACCAAUGGCAUGGCCGCCAACACAUCCAACAAUCGAUGCAGUUCAGCCAACCAAACAGCCAACAGCAACGGCACCAAAAACAACAUCAUCCUGAACAACAACAACAACAGCCCGGAUUUAAAACCGGGGUCGCCGCUGUCAGCCGGGACGGAUUUACUCACGGGGAAAAAUCUGGCAUUCUCUCCGGAACAAGUGGCCUGCGUCUGCGAGGCCCUGCAGCAGAAGAACGACAUCGACCGGCUCGCCAGGUUUCUGUGGUCGCUCCCGCCGAGUGAGCUGCUCAGGGGCAGCGAGGCCGUCCUGAAGGCCAGGGCGAUGGUCGCCUUCCACAGGGGCAGCUACCGCGAACUCUACGCCAUCCUCGAGAGCCACACGUUCGACAGCUCCAACCACGCGUUCCUGCAGCAGCUCUGGUACAAGGCCCACUACAUGGAGGCCCAGAAGAUCCGCGGGCGGCCCCUGGGCGCCGUGGACAAGUACCGGCUGAGGAGGAAGUACCCGCUGCCCAAAACGAUCUGGGACGGCGAGGAGACGAUCUACUGUUUCAAGGAGAAGUCCAGGCAGGCGCUCAAGGAUUGUUACAAGCAGAACCGCUACCCGACACCGGACGAGAAGCGGGGACUGGCCAAGAAGACCGGCCUGACGCUGACCCAGGUCAGCAACUGGUUCAAAAACAGACGACAGCGGGACAGAACUCCGCACACGGUUCCACACAUGCAGUAA